AUUCAAUUUGCUUUUAUUUAGGUUAUAAUCGACCAGAAUUGAAUAAAAGCAAAAAAAAUGUCUUUUAAAUUAAUUUGUGGCGGUUUAGUUUCAAAAUUAUCGCAAUUAAGCUUAACACAUGUGAAUAAUUUUCACACAACGGCAAUUGCAGCCGGAAAAAUCAAUCGAAUGAAAGAUAGAAAAUCGAUGCUUAAAACUGUACUCAAGAAAUCGGAUGGAGUUCAAAGUAGCUCCACGGCAGAUAUCGAUAGUAUUGCAACAAGCCAAACGUUUCAACGCUUCCCUGAUGUGAAUCUGCCGGAUAGAAUGUACGGUGAUACUCCGUUCAAGGAAUUGCCAAUUGCACACAUUCGUGUAUCAAAAAACAACACAAUCAUUUCAGUGACCUCCAAAGAUGGCAAAGUGCGUUGCAUCAAUUCAGCCGGUAAAGAAGGAUACAAAAAUUGUCGUAAAGGAACUAAUAUUGCUGGACAAGCAACGGCUAUAUCAUUGAGCAAGAUGGCUCUUAAACUGGGAAUUCAUACAGUUCGAGUUACAAUUAAAGGACUUGGACCCAGCAGAGCAUCAGCGGUGAAAGGCUUGCAAAUGGGCGGAUUAAACAUCAUAUCCCUCACUGAUGAUACACCAAUAUCAGAAAAACCGCCACGACCACGAAAAGCUAGACGGGUUUAAGUUACUAUAAAAGUGGAUUAAAUUAGUUUGGACUUUGUAUUUGAAUCAAUUGAAAUAAAUGGAAAUGAAAAAUAGAAAAUCA